GUUUUUGACAUAACCAAAUAACCAUACUCAUAUUUCUUUUAUCAAACAAAGUGUUUGUUAAUAAAUGGUAAACUAAAGUAAUUUUGAUGUCCCUUAAAAAUAAGAUAGUUAUGGCUUUUUCUGAAAAUGUGCGAGAUGAUUUUGUGGAAUACUUUAUAUUUCCUCUAGAAGAAAAGGAAAAUCAUUUAACGGACCUCUUGAUAAACGUUCAGACAACCGUAGACAAGUAUUCCGCUGGUUAUAUAUGGCAUUUGGAUGAAUUUAAAGUUAUAACUCAGUUUCCAGAGUGUCAUGUUUUAAAAGAUGAUUAUAACUCUUUGCCCCCUCAUCUCUAUGGUAUUUUACAUUAUGGGGAAAAUAUUGAAGAUGAGUGGUUCACAGUUUAUUUGUUGUUGCAAAUUACAAAAGAUAUAUCAGAUGUAUGCAUUAGAGUUGUUGAUUCAGAUGGUGAAUUUUUACUUAUUGAAGCUGCUAAUCAUUUACCAAAUUGGGCAAAGCCUGAAACAUGUAAUAAAAGAGUGUACAUUUACCAGGGUAGUGUACAUUUAGUCAGGUCUAUCAAGAAUGAAGCAGAGAUCAAUAUACAUUCUACUAUUAAGAUGAUUGCGGAGAAUCCUCGAAAAACGGAAGCCUCGCCAGAAAUACAAAAUGCGGUACUGCAUCGCAUUAGUAAUUAUCCAGAAAGAAUGUCCGAAAAUCUACACAAAACUAUAGCUUAUGUGCCAGUAGGAGUUGCAGCAAUUUUAAAAAAUCAACCCCGUAUGAUUUCACAUGCCGUUCGUGCUUUUUGCCUUCGUGAUAGUAUCGACAUGAAAGCUUGCAGAGCUAUGAAGUUCUUUCCACCAGAAAACCGCGUUUAUAUCAGUAUAGUGAUGACAAAAUUUUUGUAUGCAAUGUUAACUCAUAGCAAGUAUACACCUGAUAAAAGAACAGGAUGGAGCUUACCAUCGCCUAAUUCAACAGAAUAUAAGAAGCAUUUGUUGGGGGUGAAGAUUGCUUGUGGAUUUGAAAUCUUGGCUUCUCAGGCUAAACAAGAUUCAGAUUUAGACAAUGACAAAGUUUGGUCAAAAUUUGUUGAGGGUCUAAAUAAUAAGGGUUAUUUUAAUGGAACUGUGGAACAUUCUGUAGCUUAUAAUAAUUUGUUAAAUAAAGCAGAAGCGUAUUAUCGUUCGUUUAAAAAUUUAAUACCGACCCCUGGUGACGUAGGAUUACGUGUAGUUAAUCUAGUCAAAAAUCUACAUUGCAAUAUUGAAGACUUUUCUCAAGAAGAUAAAAGUUUCCAAGAAGAUUCCGAUUCUUGGUUAAAUAUUGACCCAAAAGAGCUUGACAACUUGUUAAUGGAACAUUAUGGAUCGUUAGGCAGUUCUAACACAUACGAUCUUUCGAAUAAAAUAGAAUCCUUCCUCAAUCACGUUUCUGACAUUGACGGGGCAGAAUUUCCUGAAAAUAAAUUGACGGAGGCACCCAUGCCGCCUUCCAGAGGAAAAAAAAUAGAGAAGGGAAAAGGCAAGACCUCUUUAUCUACCGGAGACUCUACGAUUAAUUUCGAUGCUAAUGCGUUUUCUUGCGCGGUACAGAACAUGUUGGACUUAGUCAUUCCUGAGGAUAACUGGGACUUGGAAUCUGACUCGGACUUGAGCGUUUACGCGGACGAAGAAAGCGUUCACAAGGACGAAUGUGGGAGUUUUAAAAGCCAAAUGAAAGAGUAUAUGGAUCUGAUGGAUAAGGAGCUGGCUGGGACUUCAGUAGGGCGAAGUUUCGUUAAACAAGAAUCCACAAAAGACGAAGAAACCAACUUUGAUGAUGUAGAGGACUUCAGUCCUGUUGAUAUAAAUUUAAACGCGCUCAAGAAUGUCUUGGAAAGUUACCGGGCACAAAUGGGAGAAGCAGGACCUGCCAGUAACCUGCUUGGUCCCAUGGGGGUAAAUUUAGCUAAUGUUAACUUAAAGGACAGAAAGAACAGGGACAUUGAUACAACAUAAGUUCAGCAAUAAAAUGUUUUCUACGGUGCCACAAAACAUUAUAACAAA